GGCACCAAGUCACCAGGCACGACAGUGGGCUCUGAGUCAAUUGGCACGACAGCGGGCACCGGGUCAUCAGGUACCGGAUUGUCUGGCUCGACAGCGGGCAUCGGGUCACCAAGUAUGACAGCGGGCACUGGGUCACCAGGCAUCAGGUCAUUUGGCUCGCCAGCAGGCACCGCGUCAUCUGGCAAGGCAGUGGGCACCGAGUCACCAGGUACGACAGCGGGCUCUGAGUCAAUUGGCACGACAGUGGGCACCGGAUCAGGUACCGGAUCAUCUGGAUCAACAGUGGGCAUCGAGUCAACUGGCCUAAUAGGAUCAUCAGGCUGGAUCAGUUCAUCAUGCUGGGUAGAGGCAUCAGGCUGAGUGGAGGCAUCAGGCUGAGUAGAGGCAUCAGGCUGAAGAGAGAGGCAUCAGGCUGAAGAGAGGCAUCAGGCUGAAGACAGGCAUCAGGCUGGGUACAGGCAUCAGGCUGAAGUGCGGCUGGAGACAGAGAAGAGCUGGAGGAUGGAACAGAGGAGGGAGCAGUUGCUAC